UUCGUGGGGAUGUCCUGGAGAAUUCCUGGAAAAGUCCUGGAGAAAUUCUGGUUAAGUCGUAGAGUGGUGUAGGAUAAGUCCGUGAUAGUUUAUGCGUAAUUUCAUUGGUCAUCGAGACGUGCUGGAGAAAUCGUGAAGUGCUGGUGAAUUUCAGCGGCAUGACCGUGACAACAGCAGCAUCUGGCGGAAGUAUGCUUGUAUUAUGUGUGAAGUACAUCAAUACUAGUGGUAAUGGCGUGUAAUGCAGUUGUGUUGAAAUGGUCUUGCGUAGUGUUGGUUUGGACCAUUUUCAAUUACGAUACUUUUGAAAGUGUAUGCAGCUUGAGGCCUUGUGUUGUGUAACAAAGUUGCAAAAUAAAUUUAUUCUUACAUAUAAGAAAAUCUGAAACAAUGAAGUGGUUAAAAACUGCUUUGGUGGUUGCCAUUUUAUGCCGGUGCAGUUGUGAGGAUAUAGACUGCAACAACAUGUUCUCUGAUAAUGAAUAUGGACAGAUGGAGUGCAUUCAGGAAGAGAUUGAAUCUGAAAGUAAAGAAGUCAAGUCAUGUAAUACAAUUGAUGCAGAAAACAUCUCAUGGACAGUUGUGAACUCAAAAAGUGGUACAGUUGCUGUAGAGUUCAGUCUGAUGUCCAUAUCUUGUGGGUAUGAGUUUUACAUGCUGAGUAUGUAUGUGGAUGAAAAAUUAAGAAAUGCAAAAGAAUGUGGUGAUGUAAAAGCCCCUACACUACAUUCUAAUAGAUCUGUGAAAAUACUGGAUAGUGAACCUGGAAACACAACAGAAGUACAAAGGACAAGAAAAGUAUCUUCUUGUGGAAGGACUGCAACUGUGAAGUUUAACUACGUGUUCAGUGGUUGCUAUUUAUUGGAAAUUGAAGCAGUGAAAGAUAUGAUAGAUGGUGUUAUUGUUGCUUCAUUGCCUUUUUUUAUAGUGACUGAAUACAAAAAGGAUUUAUUAACUCAAAAGAUACCAACAAUCACCAAUCAGUAUACUACAGCACUACAACAAAUUGAUGUAAGUGUCCACUUCGAGUCAGUUGAAGACAUUGAAGAUCUGCAUAUGGGGUUUCGCCUCAUCUCUGAUGUAGAUCAUACAAAGGACAGAGCAUGCUACGUGUCAGGACAUGAGCACUCAUGUUGCAUUUAUAGGACAUCUGGACAGUUCAUGUGUAAAUUGAAAGACAGUGUGACAGACAUAUCAUUGUGCCAUAUAGACAGUGAUGAGAUACGAUGCACCAUACAGAAUGUUACAACAGGAUUUUAUUGUGUGAUAGUGGAAAUUGUUGACGAUCGAUGCAUGAAGAAUACAGUUUGGAAUGAUUAUUCUUACUGUAGAUACAACAGCAAAGUCUUUGAAGUAAAUUCAACCUUGCCACACUCAAUCGCAAUACCAACACCACUGCUACCACAGUUGUCUGUAGAUGUUGUACUGGUGUCUGUGUUCGUAGUCUUGGUGUUGAUAGGUGUUAUUGUAACCCUGUUCAUCUGGAGAAGAAGGAGGAGGCCAAGUUCAGAACCUGAUCAUAACCAAUAUCUGAAGAAUCAAGCUGUCCCACCUAGACCAAAAAUUCUUCUUCUCUAUCCUCGUGACUGUGAACCAUUCAUGAACAUGAUGGCAGCAUUUAGAGAGAUGUUAAAACAAGUUACAAAAUGUGAGGUGUAUGAUUGUUUUGACCCCCUUAUUGAGGAGAACUUGUUCCAGAAUAAAACAGAUUGGGUCACGGCACACACAACAUCUCCGGAAGUGAAAGUCGUGGUUAUUGAGAGUAAGUGUGCAGUACUGCACCAGAUGGCUCUCUUCCAGCACAUGAAAAUUAUAUAUAAAGAGCCCACAUGUUUGGAUGAUCUCUUCUCAUAUGGGCUGAGAGUACUCAGGGAAGACCUGCAAAAGAACACGUAUGGGAGAGUGUUUGUUGUACGUAUUCAUGGUUUCACAGAAGAAAGUGAUAAUUUGUGUCACAUAACGCCGUUCGCAAGAUACGUCAUGCCUCAGAAUAUGGAGAAACUACUGAGUAGUUUGUACCAGUUGAAAACCCGUCACAAAAGCCAUAUCACAACUUGUACUGCAAGGCAUUUGACGCAGAGUUCGUUGGAAUAUGUUUUAAUCUUAAAUGAAGAAAAUGACAUCAGCAAACAAAAACUGCAGGAAGACAUCAGGACACUGCAGAUAUUUAAGCAUCAGAACAGAGAUUAUUUGGAUAAGUUGCUUGAGAAGAAUAUAAAAUGAUUUAUUAAAAGACUGAAUAUGAAGUUCAAAUUGUAUACAUAAGUGACAAAAUAUGAUUUAUUUGUAACAACAUUGACUUGAUCUCUUUUAUGAACUCUAUAUGUACAAAGUAUUAAAGACAGUGAAGCGAGUUGUGAACGAAACUGUGUGUGGAAGAAAGGAACAGAUUCGUGUUGGACGUUGUUUAAACAUCGCUGUUUAAUAUUGUGCUUGAAGUAUUGUUUCUCAGUGAAAUAUGGCUUGAAAUCAAGAGUGAACCCAGAACAUUGUAAGGGUUUGAUACAGCACUGCCAGUCAUCAAAUGAAGAAAUUAUUUAACUCGUUUGGAAGAGGUAAGCGUAGCUACUGAUAUCACUUCCAGCUUCUGUUUUUAGUUAGUUUUCUUGUUCUUCUAGGAAUUGAAAGCCUGUCUGUAGUUAGAAGCUUAGGAAAAGUAGUUUUGAGUACGUAAUUGGCUGUGUUUGCAUUUGUAUUUAUGAACCAAAGAGAGUAGUACAGAAAAAAGGAAGCAUGUUUGUGCCUUAACCCCGUUUGCAGUUGACACGGUGCUCGUAGGAAACAUCACUGGUUAUUUUGCGGUAUUUGCGCAAAGUGCAUAGCGUGAACGCAUUAUUGGUCAUGUCCGUCUGUCCAUCAAGUUAAUUCAACUUGGAUGAAAUUUGAUUUGACGUUUGUGCUAUUCUGCACAAACUUCCAAAAACAUAUUUUGAAUAUCCUAUGAGCGUUGAUAACAAAAUGGCUGAUGAGGAAGUUUGUGAGGUAGACACUGAGGUACUGCUGAGAUCUGGUGGCCAAAGUGGGAACUGUCAGACAAGGUGAAUUUUCACCUCUAAAUGCAUGUUGCAAAUGGAGGAGGUGGACCGAGCGAUCAACCCCGACGCUAUAAAGGCAAAAAUGAGAGAUGAGAAAGAAGAAGAAAUGCAUGUUGCAAAUAAUUCAUGCGGAUAUGUGUAUUUCAGUAUGGAAUACACUUUCUGAGCUUGUUCAUAUCAUAUAAAGUCAGUGUGUCUUCCUAGAAACUGCAUUUCAGAGGAACAUAUUGCUUCCAUCUUCAGGGCUGAAGUGAGGUUGUUUUGGAAAUGGCUAGUUUAUAUAGACACAGGAGAAGGAAUAGCCUAAGGCGUGGUGCCGGGGAGCUCGAUCAGUAUAGUGACUGACUGUGGACUGGAUGAUGGAUUUGAUCCCGUACAGGGGCAGAGAAUUUUUCCUUUUACCUCUGCGUCCAGACUCGCUCUGUGGCCCACACAGCCUCCCAUCCAGUGGGUAUCAGGGUCCUUUCCUGGUGGUAUAACGUGAAUAUGGGAUCAAAGUGGUCCAUUUUUCAUGUUGGGUUUGAGUUUGAGGAGACUUAGAAGAAUGAAAGGCUAGGAGAAGCACUGACUGUAAAUGGGAGAAAAUAGUAGGUGUUGGAAAAUAAAGUAAAGAGGAGAAACGCAGAAUAGGAUCAAGAAAUGAAGCAGAUGAGGUAGGCAGUGGGUAAAGAGUAUCGUAGUUGGUAUAAUUGAUUUCGCUGCGGCGCUGUUGGUUAGUUCCCAAAGUGAAUCACAACCGUCACAAGGAAAUUGAAAGGAAAAGAAUAAUUUUAAUGUUGGUGUCACUGAUUCAGUUUUGAAUUUCCACGUUGCAGAAAUCCAUAGGUAUUUAUGAGAAUUGUUGUAUUAUAACAGAUGUAAGACAAAGGACUGAGGUCAGGUUGUUUUUUUUAGUACCUGUGAUUGACUUUUGACUAUUAUCCUCAAAUAUACAUUUACCUGACUAUAUACGGAUAAUGACAAAAUAUCGGAGUCUGAAUUUAUAGUGAGUGCCUUUUUCCUCCGCAUUCAUCAGACUUUUACACUUUUGUGUUUUAUUUAUGGGAAAGUGUAAAUAUUUUAAUAUCUUUGUAAUGGUAUUUGUUACAUUAAUAUGAAAUUUCAUAAUUGCAAAAAUUGUUGAUGAUGCAACUAUUUUUGCCUUUUAUAAGAAUAAACCUUUAUUUUGAAAAGACGCUUUAAUGUAUUCAAGUUAAAUGUGUCAGUUGUACAAAUAAUUUCAGUUCCAGUAAGAAUGUGUGGUUUAUGCAGAAAAAAGACAGGUUUAUUAGAUUUAAGUUGUAAUAUGUAUUGUGGUCUUUGGUCAUUUGAAGAGAUAAAAUGUAAAUCGUGAUGCUUUUAUUUCAAGCAACACUAAUAUAACUAUUAAAUUUUGUUUCUGCCA